UUAUUAAAAAUAUCAAUAUGUGGGGGAGUGGAAAUAAUGUUGACUUAAAUGUAUCUGGUUUUAUUACAAGUGCUUCACUUCUCUCCAAGAAUAAAAAGUGGCAAAGCACCAUAGCACUUGUUCUCAGUUCUUUCCAACUUUUAACACACUUCUUCUGUGAAUUUCAGUUGGAUUUGGCUAGUGGUGAAGAAUUCAUUGUGAAGUUAAAAAAUUUGAAGCACCGAUUUGUAAGUCUUUGCAAUUGUUAUAGUUUUGAGAAGCUUUUGUUUUCUGAAUGGAACCUUUGAGCUAUGCUCUAGAAGGGGGAGGCCUUGUUUUUCCUGAUAAUGUUGAAUUGCCUGCCUACACGACUUCAAGAAGUAGAAAUAUUGUGAAGGAAUGGAAUUUGAACCCUUUUUGUGAUGUUGAUAAAAGUAUUUGUGGCUUUAGCGAAGAAAUAACUGAAAGCACGGAGUUGCUGGGAUCAGGUAUUGCUGAUAUAUUGAAGAAAUCAGCUGCCAGCAACCCGUGUCCCGGCUUUUUAAGUGGUGAAAUGGGUGAUGGUUGCGGUAAAAUGCUAUCAUCGGGUUCUAUGUUUACGUUUGAACCAAUUCCGGGAGAAGCUGGACUUGGAGCCAUGUUUAAUCAUAGUGGUACUAAAUCUAACAAUCCGAUGUCAUCAUCAUUGAUGGAUUUGAAAUUGGAGGAGUUGACUGAUCAUGGAGAAUUAAGGACUAGUCAAUCUUCGAAAGAAAGUUCGGUUCUUUCUUCUCCAGACUCUUCAUUGCCAACUGGAAAAGCCCAAACAAAGAGUUUGCGUUCUCAGUUUUCUAUCUCUCAGGUUCAUGGUCAGAAGGAGGAGGAGUCGGCAACUGUUUAUAGGGACGGCAAGAAUAAUCAAUCUUUAAAGAGAAACUCGAGUUUGUCUUCUGUCAAUCCGGCACUUCAGGGAAAAAAACUACGGGCUACAAAUUUUCAUUCCGAGGUUCCUGUCUGUCAGGUUCAUGGUUGUAACAAGGACCUGAGCUCCUCAAAAGACUAUCACAAGAGACACAAAGUAUGUGAUGAACACUCAAAAACUGCUAUAGUCAUAGUUAAUGGGAUUGAGCAAAGGUUUUGUCAGCAGUGUAGCAGGUUUCACUUGCUGGCAGAAUUUGAUGAAGGUAAACGCAGCUGUCGCAAACGUCUUGCAGGCCAUAAUGAACGGCGGAGGAAGCCUCAAUUUGAUACUCACUGGGGUUCAAGAUUUUUGGAUAUGACUUCACAAAGGAGAGUACCAUUUCUUUUCCCAGAAAUAUUUCCUGGUAGCUUCUUUUAUCAAGAAAAUUAUGAAGAUAAUAACAAUAGCAAGCACGUUAAAUUAGAACUUAAGCCAUUUUGCAUCUCUGAAUUGGCUGUGUCAGUCAAAAACGGGCAAUUCCCUGCAAAGAGCAUUCAACAUCAGUACGGAAUGAGAAAACAAGAUCCGUCCAAAGUACACGUUGGGGCGACAUUCUCAGUUCCGGAAAUUUCUGUAGGGCAAAACUCCUCUUGUGCUCCCUCUCUUCUGUCAACAGGCAUUUCAUCAACUCUGCCUUGGAUGGUUCAAGGAAACCAUAAUGCCUACAUUAAAGGUGAUCAUCUUAAUCUUGUGAAAUCUGCCAGAGUUGGUGUUACAAGUAGUUCAACACCAAUCGAGUUAUAUUCAUCUGAAGUAGUUGAGCAAGACGGGGUCGUUGUUCAAGUUCCUGGUAGUGAGGCUGUUUCAUUUGGAAUUCAGAGAGAUCACGGACAUGGUCAAAGAUCGAGCGCUAUAAUUUCCAAGAAUUGCCUUUCUCCAGAAGGUGGACCUACCAUGGAUUUAGUGCAGUUGUCUUCGCACCUUCAAAGGGUGGAGCAGCAGAAAAAUUCUGUCCAAGUGAAGCAGGAAAAUGAUAUCUUUUGUGCUUUUACUUCCACUUGAUACAAGUCUGAAGGGUCAACAUCCGAAAUGAAGAAUCGGAAGAUAAUGAAGGGAGAUUAAACUAUUUCGCAAGUGGCUUUUCCAACAAGUCAAAAGGCAAAAGGCAGAUUAACAAAUGAUUGAUAUCGGUGCAUCUUUUGUAAGUGUCAUCCGUAGCUUUUCUAUUUCUUUUCAUACAUCAGCUGUUCGUUUCAAUAGAUCCAUUUCGUCGACAUAGUGCUCUAUUAUUUUAAUAGUCGGUGUUGUCGUCAAGGAAUCUUGCAGUAUAUACUGAUGUGUAAGAAGAAAAUAGUAUCUGAGUGAUGGCAUUUCUUGUGUGUAAGAUUUAAGAUGAAAUAGUAUCAUAAGGAUAACAUUUCUUGAGUGUAAUUUCUGUAUGUCAUCUCUUUUAUGUUACAUUGGAUUGUAAGAACUCCUUAAGUUUACAGAGACAAAGGCGGAGCCCGGGUACCGCUUCGUCAAGAAACACUAUUAAUAUAAGUUUGAAGGUAUCUUUUUUAUGUAUA